CCCGUCUUGACUUCUCUGCUUCGCUUUUUUGAGAUUUGUUCGGUUUGGCUUUCCGUUGGACUGGCUUUGUUCUAGGUGGUGAGUUACUUGGCUGCUGAGGGAUUAGUUUGGGUUGGGCCCUUGCAGAGUGCAGAACGUGGUUUGUGGGUUUGGGACUGUGAGUUGGACACCUGUUCAAACAUAUCUCGAUAGUCUACUGCGGUAUCCGGGAGCUAGCAAGAGGUUCUCUGCUUCACUCAGGAGCACCACUGGUUGGUUCCUUGAAUUUCGCUCAGUAUCGAAAAUGGUAUCCCCAAUGUACACCCUCUACGUGGGUACAUUCAUCCAACUACCCCGGACCACCUCUCCGGACGAGAAGCAUGAGCUCUCCAUCACCCGCGGCGCUCUCUGGGUGUCCACCGCGGACGGCAAGAUCAAGGGGUUCGACUGGAGCGUCGCGACGGAGUCCGACCUGCAGACCCUGCUCAAGCGACACGGAUGGGUGCUUGCGGGCGCAGGGAGUCGCAGCAGCGUGCGCGUGAAACUUGUGCGGGCACGCGAAGAGGAGAACGAGUUCUUCUUCCCAGGUUUUAUCGACACCCACAUCCACGCCCCGCAAUACCCCAACACGGGGCUCUUCGGCAGCGCCACCCUCCUCGACUGGCUGCAAACCUACACCUUCCCGAUGGAAGCCUCCUUCGCCAGCCCGGCCUCGCUGCCGAGCCUGCCCCCGCCCACCGCCUACCGCGCCUACUCGCAGGUCAUCGCGCGGACACUGAGCCACGGCACGACGACCGCCGCCUACUACGCGACCAUCCACGUGCCCGCCACGAACCUCCUGGCAAGCCUCGCGCACCAGCGCGGCCAACGCGCCCUGAUCGGCCGCGUCUGCAUGGAUAAUCGGUCUACCUGCCCGACCACCCUGAUCGACGAAUCCCCCGAGGCCAGCAUCCGCCACACCGAGGCGGUCAUCGCGCACAUCCACUCCCUCGCCCCCGCCACCAAAGAAACCCUCGUCAAACCCAUCCUCACCCCGCGCUUCGCCCCCUCCUGCACCCCAGCCUCUCUCUCGGGGCUCGCCACCCUCGCCAGGCAACACAAACCCCCGCUGCACAUCCAAACGCACAUCGCCGAGAACGUCAACGAGAUCGCUCUCGUCCGCGAACAAUUCCCAGGCUGUGAGCAUUACGCUUCCGUGUACGAUGAGGCGGGCUUGCUCACGCCCCGGACGAUCCUGGCGCACGCGGUGCACUUCUCCCCGGCGGAGCGAUCGCUCGUUGCCGCCCGCGGCGCGAAGGUGAGUCACUGUCCCGCGAGCAACUCGGCGCUGGGGUCGGGGAUUUGCCCGGUCCGGUGGCUGCGAAGGGGCGGGGUGGUGGUGGGGUUGGGCAGCGACGUGAGCGGCGGGUAUAGUGUGGGGCUGUUGGAGGGGGUGCGGCAGGCAUGUUUGGUGUCGCGGUUGGUUCCUUUCUUGAAGUACCCUGAGGGAGAGGGGAAGGGCGAAGACGGGGUGGUCUCCGUGGAGGAGGCGCUGUACCUCGCCACGCGCGGCGGGGCGGCGGUCGUCGAUCUGCCCGAUCUGAUCGGCGGGUUCGAGCUGGGGAUGGCGUGGGAUGCGCAGUUGAUUCGUCUGGGGCGGUUCAAGCCGGCGGGGCGUUGGGGCGCGAACGGCGCCAUCAGUAAUGUCGACGUGUUCGGGGAGGAGAGUUGGGUUGAGAAGGUGCAUAAGUGGGUGUGGAGUGGGGAUGAUCGCAAUGUGAGGGCGGUUUGGGUGCAGGGGCGGUUGGUGCAUGGGAGUGAUGGUGGUGAUGAGGGGCGGUGGAGUGGGUGGAAGUGGGUUUGGGGGUUGGUGGGGGUCGGCGCUGCUUGGGUGGUUGUGAGGAGGGUGAAUGGGUGAGGUGUGGGUGGUAUAGUAAUUUUAUGGGAAGGUAUUCUCUUAGCGGAGUGGUAUAGACUCAUGUACGCUUUUAUUUGUUGAUGUGGAGGGCCCCCAUAACAUAAGGAUGUUUUCUUAGCAGAGGCAGAGUAGUACAAACUAAUAUCUCCUGCCUUCUCUCUUCUUUAGCUUACUCCCUCAAUGUCUUCUUCUAC